UUUUCCCAAUCGUAUCCCGGUUUGUUUAGCUGUUUCGCCGCCUGGUUGUGCUGUGUUUGAGUUAGGAACGGCAUUGUGGAUCCAUGUUCAGGAAUUUGGCCUUAAAUAUUAGACUUUUCGCUAAAUCCGGCCCCGCGGACUUAUUAAGCUUUUCGUGUUCACUGCGGGGCACGAACUGGAUCACAGCCGCGCCUAGCCGGUUCAUCGGGAGAAUGGAGAGAGCCGUGGUCAGGUGUGUGCCCUCGGAAAGCAAGCUAACCAUCACCUUCACUUUGGACGGCUCUCACAAACAAAUGCUGAGGGACCAGAGCGAACAGCUCGGCAAAGUUCUGGCGAGGAUCGCCAACAACGCCGUCAAGGGGCACGCCAAAGCCAAGAAGUCGAAAAAGAACAAACGCGACCAGGCCUCUGUUUCGGAGCCCGUUGUGAGGCUGUACUACAAGGAUGAUGUGGUGGCGGAGGAUGCGUUGAACUCGGCCGCCUGGCAGGAUGGAGCCGUGCUGCACGUCGGGGACAGUAAGUACAAAGUCGAGCGGAAUCCGCCGACCUUCACCGAUGUGGAGCUGCCAGCGUCUCUGCUUGCAGGCUUCCCAGUCUGCCCGAAACUGGAGAUAGAGUUCGGGGAUCUCAAACACUGCACAUUUCAGUGGUUCAAAGAAAUCCACCCCAAUGCCGAACAAGAGGGUGGGGGUGAAAACAUCUGGGUGGAAGCCGGUCACGAUAGGGUGUUUAUACCGUCUAAUGUGGACAUAGGACUGAAGCUGAAGCUCAAGUGCACGCCUGGUAAUAAUCAGAGAUACGGCGUUGGCAGAGAGCUGGUUACACCCGGCUGCGUGGAAGCAGGCCCGGGCACCUGCACUUUUGACAGCAGACAUUUGUACACGAACAGGGUCACAGACGAGUCUACUGUCAGGGUGGUUUCAUACAAUAUUCUAGCGGAUAUAUACGCCCAGACCGAACUGUCCAAAACGGUAUUGUAUCCCUACUGUGCACCGUACGCGCUAGACAUCGGUUACAGGCAGAGUUUGGUCAAGAAAGAGCUGGCGGGCUACAAUGCCGAUGUCAUUUGCCUUCAGGAAGUUGAUAAGAGCGUGUUCACGCACAGCCUGAGUCCUGCCCUGGACGCGUUCGGUCUGGACGCACUGUACCGAAUCAAGGACAAGCAGCACGAAGGCCUGGCCACCUACUUUAGGAGGUCUAAGUUCACGCUGCUGAGUCAACACGACGUGACGCUCAGCGAGGCUCUGCUGUCGGACCCGCUGCACAGGGACCUGCUGGAGAAAGUGUCUCUCAGCCCUGCUGUCAGAGACAAGGUUGUGCAGAGGUCAACUACUCUACAGGUUACCGUUCUGCAGUGUGUGAAGGACCCUUCCAGGAAGCUGUGUGUUGCUAACACUCACCUCUACUGGCACCCUAAAGGCGGGUACGUGCGGCUGAUCCAGAUGGCGGUGGCCCUGCGGCACAUCGAGAGGGUGCUGUCGGAGCUACACCCCGGCGCCACUCUCUUGCUCUUGGGGGAUAUGAACAGCACACCCUCCUCGGGGCUGUACGAGCUGCUGACUCGGGGUGCAGUGUCAGAGCUGCACCCUGACUGGAGCGGAGUGGAGGAGGUCUGCCUGGCUCUGAGUCACAGCCUCACCCUGAGCAGCGCCUGCGGGGAGCCGGCCUACACCAACUACGUGGGGGGCUUCCACGGCUGCCUGGACUACGUGUUCAUGGACACGUGCGCCCUGACCGUGGAGCAGGUCAUCCCCCUGCCCAGCCACGAGGAGGUGACCACGCACCAGGCCCUGCCCAGCGUGGCCCACCCCUCCGACCACAUUGCUCUCGUCUGCGACCUCCGCUGGAAGUGAGACCGGGGGCGGGGGUGGGUUUUUAGCGUGAAACUGGUUUGUUUUCGACUGGAAGUUUUAUCCAAGUUUUAUGCAGUAAGAGUCCCAUUGCAUAGCAGUUUGAUCCAUUCCUGGUCUUAUUAUGAGUUUCAUAAGACACACCUGAGCGUGUUCCCUCUACACUGGGUUGUAUUUUUUUCGUGGCACAUCACCGUGUAAAAAUAAAUAUUUUACAAUUAAACAUGUUUAUCACAGCAGAAAAAAUAGCAUUGUCAUAUUCAAAAUGUACCAUUUACACUAGUUGUUAUAGAAGUGUUCCAGUCAUAUUUAAAUGCUUACCUGAAAAACAGUAAAUGCUAAAUUGCAGAGUUUCAUUUUUCAUGUCCACCUGUUAAAGACAUGCUAUUUGCAAUAAGAUAGACACGUGGAAUGGCCUCUUAUUCUACUGGACAGAGACUUCUGAGGAGUUAAAAGCUGGUGUUUUAAUCUCACUCUAGUAAGUAUAAGAUCUUCAAAUCUACUGACAGUAAUACAGGCAUUUGCAGAGCUUUUUGAGAUGUUAGAGUAAUAAAAUAAUUACUUGGAUCGCAUU